AUGAACGCCGGCGCCGUGCUCGCCGUCCUCGCCGCCGCCUGGGCAGCCAGAGACAACGCCGCGGGCGGCCCGGGGCGUGCCGCGGUGCACGACGGCGAGCGCACGCUCGGGGCCGCCACGAUCAUGACGUACGCGCAGGCGGCGGUCGGGAACGGGAACGGCAAGGCAGAGCAGUGCUGCGCCAUCUGCCUGUCGGAUUACGCUAAGGCCGACGAGCCCGUGCGGGUGGUGCCGGCUUGCGGGCACUUCUUCCACGCGGGAUGCGACGUGUCGACAAGUGGCUCCGGGCGCGCCGGACGUGCCCGCUCAACGGGGGCGGAUUGUUACCGCUGCCGGAGUGCCCGCCCAUGCCACCGCGAGUCAGCGGCCACGCGGUGGCCGUCGCCGUAG